GGUCAGAAAGGUCCAAGCGCCCACCUUUGUCCUAACUCUAUUGGCUUGCCGUCUCCGAUGCUAAUGUCUGAUUGGCCAAAGCAUCUGUUGUUUCCGAUGCAUGCCAGCUUCACUGUGGCGUUUUGUGAGGACCUCUGUCUGUUGAUCGUAUUCAAAACACAAAACCCCAGGGUACUGAGUGGUUGGCCAUGGCAUCUGACUCCCCGCGCAGACCGAGCCGCUGUGCUGGUGGGGUUGUGGUUCGAGCACAGGCUGCAACGGAGCAGUCGUACAUGGAGAGCGUAGUUACGUUCUUGCAGGAUGUAGUCCCUCAGGCGUAUACUGGGACAGCUCCGAAUGAUGAAAAAGAGAAGAUUGUUUGGGUCCGUUUUGAAAAAACUGACAUCAAUGAUGUGGCCCGCUUGCCAGAGUUCCAAGAGAUGCACGGCAGCGGCACUGACCCGCCUCUCUGCUUGAUGAUUGGCUACACGGAUGGAAUGCAGAUUUGGAGUAUAUCACUGAGCGGGGAGGCGCAGGAGCUGUUCUCUGUGCGGCACGGACCUGUGCGUACUGCUAGGAUCCUGCCUGCUCCUCUUAUCUGUUCCCUUAACACUGACAGCUUCGCUGAGAAACGGCCCCUCCUCGGCGUGUGCAAGAGCACGGGCUCUUCUGGGACAAGUCCCCCUUAUUGUUGUGUGGAUCUUUAUUCCUUGAGGACAGGAGAGAUGGUCAAGUCCAUACAGUUUAAAACGCCCAUCUAUGAUCUGCAUUGCAACAAAAGGAUCCUCGUCGUUAGUCUUCAAGAAAAGAUCGCUGCAUUUGACAGCUGCACCUUUAUGAAAAAGUUCUUUGUCACAAGCUGCUACCCCUGUCCUGGGCCCAACCUAAACCCCAUUGCUCUGGGAAGCCGGUGGUUAGCCUAUGCUGAGAACAAGCUGAUCCGGUGUCAUCAGUCCCGUGGUGGGGCCUGUGGAGAUAAUGCCCAGUCCUACACUGCAACUGUCAUCAGUGCUGCUAAAACGUUGAAGACAGGCCUGACCAUGGUGGGGAAAGUCGUGACCCAGCUUGCUGGUACACUGCCAUCAGGGGCACCUGACGAAGAGGGCACUGCCCACAGCGGUACCCGCCGCAGCCCUCACCAGCCUGGUGUGGUUACCAUCAUAGACACACACACUGUGGGAGAAGGACAGGUUCUUGUUAGUGAGGAUUCUGAUGGAGAAGGAGUGAUUGCGCAUUUUCCAGCACAUGAUAAGCCUAUAUCCUGCAUGGCGUUUAAUCCGAGUGGUAUGUUACUCGUGACUGCAGACACCCUUGGCCAUGACUUCCAUGUUUUCCAAAUCGUGACUCACCCAUGGGCGUCUUCCCAGAGUGCAGUUCAUCAUCUAUACACACUUCAUAGAGGAGAGACUGAGGCUAAGGUGCAGGACAUCUGCUUCAGCCAGGACUGCCGCUGGGUGGUGAUCAGUACUCUUCGAGGUACAUCUCAUGUCUUUCCCAUCAAUCCAUACGGUGGAGCGCCAUGUGCUCGCACACACGUGUCUCCACGUGUGGUGAAUCGCAUGAGCCGUUUCCAGAAGAGUGCCGGACUAGAGGAGAUCGAGCAAGAGCUGAGCAGCAAACAGGGCGGACGAUGUAGCCCUAUUCCUGGCCUCUCUAGUAGCCCAUCUGGAUCCCCACUACACGCCAAAGUGACCAGUCAAGAAUCCUAUAACAACUUCACUAACAACAACAUGGGUAACCCACGCCUGUCUCCAUUACCCAGUUUGACGAUCGUGCUUCCACUGGCUCAGAUCAAGCAGCCGAUGACCUUGGGCACCAUCACCAAGCGCUCUGGACCCUACCUCUUUGGGGCUGGAUGUUUUUCCAUUAAAACUCCAUGCAAGUCCAAGCCACCUCCCCAGAUCUCUCCCAGUAAGUCCAGCGGUGGGGAGUUCUGCGUGGCUGCAGUCUUCGCCUCCUCCCGCUCUUGGUUCAUCACCAACCCCAACAUGAAGAGAGAGAAAGAUCAGUCUCGGCAGGCUGUUGUUGAAUCGCUGUACAUCCUGAGUUGCUACGGAAACCUGGUGGAGCACGUGCUGGAGCCUCGUCCAAUCAGCACGGUGCAAAAAAUAGGCGACGACACGCCUCUGGAGCUGAACACCUGUCCGAGAGCCUGUUGGAAUCUAGCCAGGACACUGCAGUGGAAUGAACUACAACCACCUUUCAACAGCAACCACCCCUUGGUGCUUGCCUCAGACUUUGUGCAGUACUAUCAAUACCUCCUGGCUGGAUCUCCUCCUGGCAGCCCUGGCCCCAUUACUCGGCAUGAGUCUUAUGACAGUCUGGCGUCUGAUCACAGUGGUCAGGAGGAUGAAGAAUGGCUCUCACAGGUGGAAAUUGUGACCCACACUGGCCCUCACAGGAGACUCUGGAUGGGCCCUCAGUUUCAGUUUAAGACCAUCCAUCCAUCGGGUCAAACCACUGUUAUCUCCUCCAGUUCCUCUGUGCUACAGUCACAGGGGCCCAGCGACACCCAGCAGCCUCUUCUUGAUUUCGACACAGACGACCUGGACCUGGACCUGCACAGCCUCAGAAUCCAGCCGGUGCGUUCAGAACCCGUUAGCAUGCCUGGCUCGUCUCGCCUGGUGGCCGACCGUAGAGGCCAGUCAACAGUCAUAGAUACCGGCUCAGGCAUGUUUGACCGCAGCGUCACCCUGCUGGAGGUGUGUGGCAGCUGGCCUGAGAGUUUCGGACUGCGUCACAUGUCCUCUGUAGAAGCCACAGAAGAGGGCCUGAAGGAGAGGCUGGCAGAUGCAAUGUCAGAGUCGCCCAGCAGAGAUAUUGUGGGCUCUGGGACAGCAGAGCUGCAGAGGGAGGGAAGCAUCGAGACGCUCAGCAAUAGUUCUGGCUCCACCAGUGGCAGCAUUCCCCGAAACUUCGAGGGCUACCGGUCCCCACUUCCCACCAAUGAGAGCCAACCCCUCAGCCUCUACCCCACCGCAUUCCCCUAAAACCAGCCGUCCCGCCCACAUCUCAGACCCGAGGAAACCUCUCUGUCGUCUUUGGACAGUCUUGCCAGCACAACCACAACACAUCACCCACGACAGGCCACACUCUUCACCCUGCAUCCUGCUCUGCUAUAUCAUUUCUCUUUUCUUUGAAAUGUGGAUUUUCCUUUAAUCAGACUCAGCAUGCAGGAAAACAGUGUUCAACCAGGCACCGGCGUUAACAUCCUUUGUCAUUCACUUCCCUUGUAGAAUAAUGUUAAUGUUGCCUCCACACCUGAGAGAGAGAGAGAGAGAGAGAGAGAGGGAUAGAAAGGGAUCCAUUGGAGUUGUCACUUUAUUCAAAGACGUGUCAUAUUACCAAUAUUAUUAUCAAUCGAACUUCCAGUGCGUAUCUUUAUUGAAUGUGUGUGAGUGAGUGAGUGAGAGUGUGUGUUCAUCAAAUACGUGUCCUGAUCACUUCUCAGUAGUUGAGUUUAGGUUUGAGCUUAUUAGACAAAUGGUGUUUGAUAUAUUUUAGUAAAUAUGUACUGUAACAUUUGAAUUGAUUUGUCUUUUACAGGUAAUCAAACCUGGUUAUGUUACAUAGUGUUUAUUAUUCCGCACAUUUCUGCUGUAUAUUUGACUUAAAGAAAUGUUUUAACAAGAGUCAGUUUCUUGGAUUCAAUGGUAUUUGCUUUACAAACUAAAUAGGUUCAAAUGAUUUAAUUUCCUUUCGUUUUAUGGGUAAAUGAAAUGUAUUGAUUCUUUCAAAAGGCAUUUUUGUGAUUUAUAGGAUGUGUGUGAGGCUGAUAUUUAGCAGUGGUGCUCUCAAGGAUCCACAGCUAGUUUUAUUCAGCUCAGGUGAUUUAGACACCUGUUCCAUCAUCAUCAUUAUCAUUAUUAUCACCAAUAUAUCAUUUUGUUUUAGCUUAUUUAACUAUUUUAAAUUGCUUUGUUUGAAGAAUGCCUUGCUUGACUGGAUGCAGUAUUUUACAUACACUCACAACACACAGUUAUUGAUAAAUACCAAUUAAACAAGAAAUGUGAAUACAUGGUCCUGAUCAAGAGCCUGCCGUUGGCUGACAGCGCUUUGCAUGAUGAAAGCUGGAGAGGAAACAUGAAGAGUUUGUUCACUGUCAUUUAUUAUGGCAUUCAACUUGGCAUGACUUUAAGUCUGAAUGCAGUGCACAUGCUUUGGACGGACUAUAUUUUUUGUUAUAAUACUUGCGCGAUGUUAUCUAGAAAUAGGAAUUUAUGCAAGUGAGUUUUAACGAGUCUUCUAUACAUCUGCGUGAUUGCUUAAUACAGCAUAUGCAUUCUGACUCCCUCAGUUUGUUGUUUUCGCUUGUUAAACCUUGCUUUCUCCUGAAUAUAUUUGUUAUACAAAAAAGAUAAAUAAAUGCAUUUAAAUGACGAGAUGAUCUCAAUCACUCAAUCA